AUGAGUAAUACAGAGGAGAAAGCACCAAAAAUUUUGCUAGGUUUAGAGGUUCAUAUUACUCUUAACAGAGUUUUACCAAUUAUCAACCCCGAAGUUAUUUUGCUAGGAUUAAAAUUAGCUGCGGCACUGGAAAUGAAAAUUAGCAAAGUCAUUCUUUUUGACCGCAAAAUUUAUAACUACUUCGAUUUACCAAAAGGUUAUCAAAUUACUCAACAAGAAUUUCCUUUUGCCGGUUCCGGUUAUUUGCCAAUUAUCAAAGAAAAUAAGGUUGAAAAAAUACCAAUAAAAACUCUGCAAUUAGAGGAAGACACUGCCAAAAGCACCUACGAUAAAAACGGAGUUAAAUUAGACUUUAAUCGGGCUGGCAACCCCCUAGUCGAAUUAGUUACUGAACCAGUUUUUUCGCAAGUAGAAACAGUCUUAACCUUUAUUAAACAACUCCAAAACCUUUUACGCUAUUUAGAUAUUUCCGAAGCCAGAAUGGAAAGAGGACAACUACGUAUUGACUUAAAUUUUUCCCUCCAAUUAGGGGAAAAAUAUUCUACACCGCGCUAUGAAAUCAAGAAUCUUAACUCAUUAGCUAACCUUGAAAAAGCCUUAAAGCAUGAGAUUAAAAAACACCAAUCAUUAUUUUCCCAAGGAAAAAUUCCUCCUACUAGUCAAACACUAGGCUUUGAUGAAACUAAACAAAUUACUGUCACUCAUCGUGAAAAAACUGACUAUUUUUAUUUGCCGGAAUCUAAUAUCCCCCCCAUUAAAUUAAAAAAUUCAGAAAUCCAGAAGAUAAAGAAAAACUUACCAAAACUGCCCUGA